CGAUUCCCCCGCAUCUGCCCCUUCCCCCGCUUUUCCCAAUCGGGAAUCCUUCCUGGACCACCACUCUGACCUUGUCACCUUUCUCAGCUUCGUAUCCGGCCAUCUCCAACAAAUGAGGCCUAGACAAAACCCAACAAGCUACAGCCAUCUAAAAGGCUAUUGGCCCGUGGCUUUAGCUGGCUAAUCUUCCCCGACGUGCAUACGCAGGGACACGCCGUAUAUAAAGAACCCUUCCCCCCCGCACUUCUCCCUCCUGCUUGCCACGCCUCCUUAACAACAAUCGUCAUUCAAAAAGGUACCAGAACUCGCCCUCUCCAUCCCACUCCGCUCCACUCCCAUCUCGAACGCCCACACUCGUUUAGCAGAGCCCCAAGCCGACUACACCAAUCCAGACUCACCUCCCGCAGUCCUCAAUCCUCAAUCCUCAAUCCUGCAAGAUGCGUUACUCUCUCCUCGCCCUCGCCGUUGCCGCAACCUCCGCCUAUGCGCAGGAUCUGUCGACUAUCCCGUCCUGUGCCUUGAGCUGUCUCAUCGCAGCUAUCCCAGCUACCGGAUGCCAGACCACUGAUUUCCCCUGCGUCUGCAAGGCCGCCGGAGUCCUCACUCCUCAAGUCACCCCUUGUGCCGAGAAAUCUUGCUCUGCUGCCGACAUUGCCGCCCUGCCAUCAGAUCUCGAGUCCUUCUGUUCCCAGGCCGGUGUUACCAUCACCAUCUCGGUCCCCAGCUCUGCCGCCGCUUCAAGCACUGCUGCAUCUUCUAGCUCUUCGGCCUCUUCAUCUGCCCCGGCUACCUCCUCGGCCGCAACCACUUCCUCCUCUGCCCCGGUCACUUCGUCCACCCCAGCACCUUCAUCGACUGCUGCUUCCUCCCCUUCUAACGGCGGAUCGUUCGCUACAUCGUCAAGCAAGGCUGGUUCAUUGACUGCCUCCUCAACCAAGGCUGGUUCAUCAUUUGCCUCAACCACUGCAAAGACCACUAGUGCCGCCAGCGGAACCGGUGUUGCUUCCUCCACUCCAGUUCAAGUCACCAACGGAGCGAAUGCUGCUAACGGAAUCAACAUGGGCGCUGCCGCCAUGGCCGCCUUUGCUGCCGUGAUGUUGUAAUUCGCAUCACCCUAACCUGUCUCGACCCAAAGUCAAGGGGUCUAGCUCGUGAUUGGAUGUUGAUGC